AUGUUUGGUGCACCGUUCUUGUUGGCCCUGACGACGAUCAGUUCCCUCGCCGUCUUUAUUGGCAAUGUCGCGGCCGCUGACUUCAAUGACGACGAGCUCGAAGACAAUGUUUUCGCCAAGCGACAAAACUACACCUGCAGCACCGAAGGGCUCCAGGACGUGUGCGAAACGAACGCCGCGGACUGCGUUUCCGCCAUGUGCGAGUCGUGUUCGGGCUACGUCUACAUUGCCAACUGUUGUGCCUUGUCCAGCUACAACGCGAUGAUGCAAUGCCUGCUCGAGCUGGAGAGCAAUCCCGUCGAGAUCACCAUGACCAUAGCAUCUGCAAGUUCCAACACGAGCACGAUCACAGCACCCGCCAGCACCGCCACGGGCAUGGAUGCAUGCACCGGCUUCGAAGCAAUUGUGCUUGCGUGCGAAGACAACUUGCCGGGCUUCUCGACAGAGGCAUUCAGUCAACAGGCCAGCUGCGUGUGCUACAGUAACGGCACAUACCAGCCUGACCUCUAUGACGGCAUGUUCUCAGGCUGUCUCGCCUACCUGGCCACGGCAAGCCCUUUGGAGUAUUCGAGCAUCGUUACGGGAUCUGUCGACUCUGCACCGUGCAAGAACGUGGCCACCACGACCCAAUCAUCCUCAUCGUCGAGUACCCACUACAUUGGACGCUUGACGACCAGCUCGUUGACGGCAGAUUCUACCUCGAUCACAUCAAGUCCAACAGCAUCCACAGGCCCCACUCAGUCAGUGGUGGUGGAGAGCAAUGGAGGCACACGCCUAGGAUCGAAUUCCUUGUCGACCCACACUCUUUUACACAACACAAUGAGAACAGGAACUUGGGCGUGGGCUGUUGCAGCCAUCCUCUGCUCCCAAUGCCUUGCAGCACCUCUCUCCUCACCCGCAAAGCCUGAGCGUGCGUCGCUGCGUUUGCCCGUUCGGAAGAGCCUUCUCACGGGAGGAGACAUUCGCCGUCGCUCCGUGUCGUCCCCGCUGAAAAAUGGCGACUUCGAAUACCUGAUCGACCUUGAGCUCGGAACCCCGGGCCAGGCUAUCACCCUCAGCAUCGACACCGGCAGCAGCGAUAUCUGGGUCUAUGGGCCUGGAUCAUGCACGAGUUGCACGGGCGGCGUCUUUGAUCCCAGCAAAUCGAGCACCGGUGUGUACGACAGCAGCGUUGGCGAUUUCUCGACGAGCUACUUCGACGGCACCUCGGCAUCGGGAUACUAUAUCGAAGACACCGUCGGUCUGGGCUCUGCGACCGUGACCGGCGUCACCUUCGCCGUUGCCACCUCGGCGGCCAGCACGCAGCGCGGCAUCAUGGGCAUUGGACUGCAGGGUCUCGAGGCAAGCCAAGUCAAGUACCCGGAGCUGCUGGACGACCUGCAGAGUCAAGGCCUCAUCGACCGGCGAUCCUACAGCAUCUACCUCGACGACCUGGAGGCCGGCAGCGGGUUCAUCCUCUUCGGCGACGUCGACUCGUCCAAGUACUCAGGCGACCUGGUCACGCUGCCCAUCAUCCCCUACACCGAUUCGGCGCCCCGGCUGCAGGUCGAGUGGACGUCCCUCUCCGCCACCGACGGCUCCGGCAGCACGGAGGCGCUGCUCCAGUCGGGCUUCUCGUACCCCGUGGCCCUGGACACCGGGUACACGACGAGCGUGCUACCGGUGGAGCUGUUCAACGAGCUGGCCACGUACUUCAACGUCUACACCGACGACGCGGGUAACUACCUGGUGCCGUGCCAGAUGCCGUCGGGCUCCUUCACCUUCGGCUUCGGCGACGGUCCCGCCGUGAGCAUCCAGGUGCCCUACUCGGAGCUGGCGGUGCCGGAGCCAAGCGGCUCGGGCGCGUGCCUGUUUGGCUUUCUCCCGCAGGACCAGAGCGUCAUCAGCUUCGGCGACACCUUCCUGCGCAGCGCCUACGUCUACUACGACUUUGACAGCUCGACCAUCAGCCUAGCCCAGGCGGUGUGGUCAUAA